UACUCUAUUGUUUAUGGACUCUGUUACUCGUACGACGCUUCUUUAUACGUCAUUUUUGUUGAGUAUUAUUUCUUAAUUUCUAAUUAAACGUAGUGAUAAAAUCAAGAUGAAAUCUAAAAAACGACAUCAAACAUCUUCCGAGGAUUCAGAACAAUCAGAUGCAAGUGAGAAGUCUACUAGUACAUCUGAAAGUGAUAGUGAAGAAUCAUCUUCAUCGGAACACCACCGGUACAAAAAAAAAAGAAAACGUGCUGAUUCCUCCGAUUCAGAAAGUGAUUCUGAUGAUCAAAAGCGUGUUAAAAAACGUAAACACAAGAAAAAGAAGAAGAAACAUGGAAAGAAAAAGCGACGACACUCUAUUGAAGAAAGUAUGUCGGGAGAAGACGCGUCUUCCGUAAGCGAUGGUGAGAUUUCUUCGAAAAAGAAACGGAAACAUAAGCACAAACACAAACGCGCACGAAGUAUAUCCUUAAGCGACCCAGACGAAUGGCGAGUAGAGCGUCGAUUACAUAGUGUUGUAGAACGCAGAGCGUCUUCUGAAGAUGGCAGUCAACCUUCACGCACAUAUUAUCAGAAGGAGUGCCGUCGUUCAGCAUCAGGUGAUGAUUAUGACAGAGAGCGUGAAAUGCAGAGAUUUUAUCGUGGGUCUAGUAAAGAGCGCAGACACUAUCAGGAACAGUAUGAACGAGAUCGAAAUGACAGAUAUUCCUCAUAUCAUCAAGAAAAGUAUGUUAAAGAGAAAUUUGGCCAAAGUAUGCAUUGUAAUGAUACUUUUGAAGGGCAUGGCCGAAGACAGCAGGUCUAUGAUGAAUAUAGAAGGCGCCAUAAAUACGAAGAGCAACGACCGCAAGAGGAAUAUCGUAGAAGGCCCAGAGAAGACCAUUAUCAUCCUGCAGAAGAACAGAGAGGCUACAACCAUCGAUAUAAUCAGUAUGAAGAUAAAGGGCCCAAACGACGUGUGUACGAAGAGAAUAUCAGACCGGAAUAUCGUGAUCGCGAUCGGGAUCGAGAAAGGCGCGGGCAUCCUGAGCAAGGACGGUACCGUGAAAGGGAAUAUCCUGACAGGAGGGAAAAAUUCCGUGAAGAGGAUUACAUAGACAGACAGCGCGAGGUGCGUCGCGAUAGACAAGGCAGGACGGAUAAGUCAUCUGCGCCACGAGAAAGGGAACAAUCAAGAUCUAGAAGUCCAGAGGACCGCCAGAGGGAUCGAAGUAGGCGACCUGAAGUUAGAGAGAAGAAAGAAGAACGGUAUAGAGAACGAGAGGAACGCGACGGAGAGCGAGCGGGUAGGAACGAGGAUCGUGACGGAGAGCGAGCGGGUCGGAACAACGUCCGCCGGGACGACCGCCGCGACGACCGCCGCGAAGACCUUCGCGAUGACCGCAAGCCCACUAUCAAACUUGAACCCAAAACUAGAGAGCGUAAGAGCAGAUUUGCAGAUGCUGAUGACAAAGAAUACAAUUGGGGUAAGACAGAGGUAAAGAAAGAAGGUGAGAAGAACCAAGGUGAAAAAGAGAAGCCAAACUUUGGUCUUUCUGGUAAACUGACAGCUGAUGCAAACACUGUCAAUGGAGUUGUCAUCAAAUAUACAGAACCUGAUGAUGCUAAACAACCAAAAAGGAGAUGGAGAUUUUAUCCAUUCAAGGGAGACAAAGCCCUGCCGAUCCUAUACAUCCAUCGGCAGUCGGCGUUUCUGAUCGGGCGCGACAAGAAGGUGGCCGACAUCGCAUUGGAGCACCCGUCCAUCAGCAAGCAACACGCCGCACUACAGUACCGUGCCACGCCUUUCGUGCGGCCCGAUGGCACCACCGGCCGUCGUGUGAGACCCUACGUCAUUGAUCUAGAUUCAGCUAACGGUACCUUUGUAAACAACAAGAAAAUAGAGCCGCGUCGAUACGUUGAACUCCUCGAGCGCGAUGUUGUUAAGUUUGGCUUCUCUCAACGAGAAUAUGUACUGUUACAUGAAAACAGUAAAGAUGACGCGCAAGAUGACGAUCAUCAGGAGGCCCCCGCUAUCGGUGAUAAUGUCACAACUACAGAGCAGAUUAAACAAGACAAGCGCGUCAAACAGGAGCUAGCUGAAGACGGGGAGUAAAUAUUAUUCAUAUCCAGUAUUGUUCGGUCACAUCUAGGUACGCUCAAGUGGCAAUAUUAAAUACUAUAUCAUAGAUAGUUUUUUCACUAGACUAAAAAUAUGUUUAGAGAAAUUGCGUUUUUGUUUGUACAAAUGUCUGUAAGAUCUAAAUUAAACGAGAUACCGGUAUAAAAGUAGAAUCUAUUUUAUUUUGUUAAUGCCAUCAUUUUGAUAUAUAUUGUAUCUGUUGUACAUUGAUAUAUAUAUGUAUACAGAUACUGUAUAUAUUUGUCCAAAACGUAAGAAUAAUAAUAUUUACAUACAGUCUGCUGUAGAAAUAUAUGUAUAAUGUUGGAACUGUGCCUGCAUUGGAAAUAUCUAUACUACAAUGCAAUUGUAACUAACAAACAUUGGCUAUUGUUAAGAAAGUCAUCUAUUUUUUUAUCAAAUUACGCAUAGCCCGUUAAAUCAAAACCAUAAAUUUCACUGCGCCAUCUUAAACUAUUGCACGAUAGUUUGAUAAUAAAAAAUUCUUUGGCUUCGUGAUAAUGAAUGCAGGCACCAAUCCAGCAAUGAGAUACAUUUUCUUACUGUGGAAGUUCUCGAUCUGAACGAAACUAAAUAAUUAAAGGACAAUCACAAAACAUUUAUUAUUUAAAUAAAAAUUGAUUUCGGGAAUAAAAACGAUAAUUGAUAAAGAUUUAUUAGUCUUAUUUUAGUUUACUAAAAUUUGUUUUCAAUUGCAGCUUUUAUAUAAAUGACAACUUUUUUUUUAAAUACUCUAUCUAUCUAUCCAUUUAAGAGCUGCGCUCUUGUCGGUGGAGCUCUUGCCACUCACUACGAUUUUCAGCGAGUCUCUUCACCUCUUGAUACGACACGACACCAACUCCUUCCUUGAUCUGCCUGAUGUAACUAUGUCUCGGUCUCCCUCUCCCCCCUUCUUCCUUCUAUCUUACCUUCUAUUAUAAUGUUCAUAAGUUCGUCGUGUCGUAUCAAGUGUCCUAACAUUUUUCCCCUUCUGUCCUCAAUAGUUCUAAUAUUUUUUUUAAAUAUUAUUUUAAAUACUAUAAUUUAAAAAUAUUUUAAAAGGUUCAUGCUCUGUUAGGGCUCCAUUAAUUUGUUUUUUUUUUUUUUCUAUUUCGAUCAAUAUCAGUCGUCUUUUCGUAGUUUCUAUUGAAUUAAUAUUAUAUAAAUAGAUACAUUUAUCAUGUUUAUAUGAUUUUGCAAAAGUUCUGACAAGGCUUGUAAGUUAAAAUACAUAAUUACUAUAUAGAUGGUAAGUUACUUUAAAAUAAAACUAAGUUUCUUAAGUAA